UUCGUCACAGAGAAACUCUCUCUCUCUCUCUCUCUCCAGCAGCGAAGGAAGAACACCUUAGAUCUGAGUUUGCUUUGACUCAUAGUCAAAUGGCGGCAUUAGACGCUGAAAACCCUGUCGUGGGACAAAUUAGCUGUGGAUCUUUACUGCAGCAGCUGCAGCAAAUUUGGGAUGAAGUUGGUGAAACUGACGAGGAACGGGACAAUAUGCUUCUUCAGCUAGAGCAGGAGUGCUUGGAUGUUUACAGGAGAAAGGUUGACCUGGCUGUCAAAUCUAGAGCACAUCUUCUUCAGACAUUGGCAGAUGCAAGAGUUGAACUCACCAACCUUUUAUCAGCUCUUGGAGAGAAGACUUAUGUUGGAAUUCCCGAGAAGACAUCAGGAACAAUCAAGGAGCAGCUUUUAGCUAUAGCUCCUGCACUGGAAAAACUUUGGAAACAGAAGGAGGAGAGGAUAAAAGAGUUUUUUGACGUUCAGUCACAAAUACAGAAAAUAUGUGCAGAGAUUGCUGGAACGAGUGACCAGGUCGAGAGCCCAGCAGUAGACGAGACGGAUCUAUCCAUGAAGAAAUUGGAUGAAUUUCAUGCCCAGCUCCAAGACCUUCAGAAAGAGAAGAGUGACAGGUUGCACAAGGUUCUUGAAUUUGUCAGCACAGUUCAUGAUAUUUGUGCCGUCCUUGGAAUGGAUUUCUUCACAACUGUGACAGAAGUGCAUCCGAGCCUAAACGAUUCGACUGGUGUACAGUCAAAAAGCAUCAGCAAUGACACACUAUCGAGGCUGGUCAAGACUGUAUUGGCAUUGAAGGAAGACAAGAAGCAGAGAUUACAAAAGCUUCAAGAAUUGGCAACUCAGCUAAUUGACCUUUGGAAUUUGAUGGACACCCCCCCAGAAGAACGUAGCCUAUUCGAUCAUUUUACGUGUAAUAUCUCAGCUUCAGUGGACGAAGUUACAAUUCCUGGGGCUCUUGCUUCAGAUCUCAUUGAGCAGGCUGAAGUGGAAGUUGAGAGACUUGAUCAGCUAAAAGCUAGCAGAAUGAAGGAAAUUGCAUUUAAGAAGCAAUCUGAGCUCGAGGAGAUCUUUGCUCAUGCACACGUAGAGAUUGACACCGAGGCAGCCCGGGAAAAAAUCUUGUCACUCAUUGACUCAGGAAAUGUGGAACCUACUGAGUUGUUGUCCGACAUGGACAAUCAGAUAGUCAAAGCAAAGGAAGAGGCUCUAAGCAGGAAGGAUAUAUUGGAUAAGGUUGAGAAAUGGAUGUCAGCUUGUGAAGAAGAAAGUUGGCUUGAUGACUACAAUAGGGACGAGAACAGGUACAAUGCUAGCAGAGGUGCACAUUUGAAUCUGAAGAGAGCAGAAAAGGCACGAGUCCUGGUCAAUAAAAUUCCAGCUCUAGUAGACAGCUUAGUUGCCAAAACCCGUGUUUGGGAGCAAGAGCGUGGCAUAACAUUCACGUACGAUGGAGUUCCCCUACUUGCCAUGCUAGACGAGUACGCAAUGCUCAGACAGGACAGAGAAGAGGAGAAGAGGAGAAUGAGGGACCAGAAAAAGUUCCAUGAGCAAGUAAAUAAAGAGCAAGAAUCCAUCUUUGGCGCAACGCCAAGCCCGGCCCGACAGCCAAGUACCAAGAAAGUGGUGGGCCCGCGAACCAACGGAGGAGGUGCAAAUGGAGCUGCAAGCAGAAGGCUCUCUCUUAAUGCCCAUCAAAACGGAUCGAGAUCCAUUAAUAGAGACGGGAGGAGAGACAGUAGCAGGCCAGCUGCCCCGGUGAACUACGUAGCCAUAUCGAAAGAGGAUGCUGCUUCCCAUAUUUCCGGGACCGAGCCACUUCCUAGUACACCUUAAAAAUUGUUUUUUUUUUUCGGUUUCAAGACCUAUGAAUUUGUUGUUUAGUUGUUAGUAGAAGGAUGUGUACUUGGACUUGUUUGAAGAGCAGAGUGAAUUCAGGGUUGCAUUAGUGUCUUGUUAUUUUGUUAUUUUGGGUAAAUGAUUAGCAGGUACAAUUGC